GAAUGUUCAUGACGUCUCGGUGACACGUCGCUUAUAAACCCGUUGCUGGGAGUGUUUUGUUUAUUUAUGCUUGAUUUCUGCGGCUCUUCAGUGUGUUAUUGUUGAUUUCUGCACAGAGAGUUUCGAGAGUGAUCUUUUCUGAACAGAACCUGUAGUCCAGCGACAGUGCUCGGUAGCUUUGUGAAGCCUUUGAGCAUGAUGGAUUUGCUGACAAUCUGUGACAAUUUUCGUCCACCCUAUCCUGGAGAAUUACAUAGAGCUGCACAAUACUGGAAAAGGAAUCACAGUUUCGGGGCCCACGGUGAUAACAACAUGGCUGAUGGGACGAAUCUAACGUUUCCUGGCCCUCUGCUGAGCCCGAAAAUGGAGAAGGACGACCUGAUGGCUUUCAUCCAGAAGAAAUCUCAGGAGAUUCUACUGCGUGUGGAUGAACCUCAGCAAAUGGAAGCCUAUUUCUUCUGGCAGCUUAUGGAGCUGUUCUGUAGUUGUGAUGGAAAAGCCCUGCCGGUUGAAAUUGUGACAUGCCUCUUCAAGGGCUACAAUCAUCUGAGGAGCAAGGCACCAAAACUUGUGUGUGAUGAGAACCAGUACAUCUGGUGCCGUCAUUUGGCACGGCUUUUAUGCUCCUCCACCAUGGACGAUGAACAGAGACAAGCUGUGAUCAAAAUGGCUGACGAUCUUGCCAACAGAGGAAAGAUCUUUGCAUCGCAUAUCUGCUGCGUGGUAGCACAACUGCAGCUGGGAAUAUAUAAUGACGCCAGCUUCGACCUGAUUGGAUGUUUCGGGUUGCCAUUAGAGACAUCGGCCGCCAGGGAGGCUAUCGAGCGAUCGGAGGUGUAUGAAUAUGUGCUGUUCAUUACCUCAGGGUGCGCACAACCAAACUUCCAGAUAUACAAAUUCCAUCAUGCUAGAAUGCUAGCCCAUGAAGGACAUAUUGCUCUAGCACUUGAAUACUGUGAAUCCAUCACUAGAGCGAUGACCACCUGCUCCUGCAACAUCACACCGGUCUUGAUGGAGCAGAUGAUUCUGAUGGCUGAACCGCUUUACAAAACAAAAGCAGAGAAACCAGAGUGGCUGAAAAAUCUUUGCCAGAUUCAUGCGGCCGAAGUACUGCAAUUCAAGAGGAUACCGCCUAGUGAGGUCUUCAAGGGUCCUGCAUGCAACCCUUGUACUCUGCUGAACACAGAAGAGUCUGAGUGGUUUGCGUCAUUGUAUGACAUCGGAGAGCUGUUGGGACAAGGAGGCUUCGGCUCGGUCUAUGCCGCAGUUCGUAAGGCAGAUGGGAAAAUGGUCGCUAUCAAAUUUAUUUCCAGGUCUACCUGCAAAAAAUUCAUCACCAUUCCUGGAGAAACAGAGGGCCUGCCUCUGGAGGUAGCGUUGAUGAAGAUGGUGUCCAUGCCUCCUCGAUGUGAAAAUGUCCUGGAACUACUGGACUGGAUAGAGUUGUCCAAUGUCUUCAUCUUGGUUCUGGAGCGACCCAGUCCCUGCAUGGACCUUCUAGAGUUCAUGAAGUGUAUGAACAGUCGACUGUCUGAACCAGUGGCUCGAGACAUCAUGCGGCAGGUGGUUCGGGCUGCUCGACACUGCUGCGAGAGAGGAGUGUUUCACCGGGACAUCAAGCCAGAGAACCUGCUGAUCAACACCGAAACGAUGCAAGUGAAAUUAAUCGACUUUGGCUGUGGAGAGUUGAUGUAUGACUUCACGUACACGAAAUUUGAAGGAACUCUGAUUUACGCUUCUCCUGAGUGGGUACGAGACAGAGAGUAUAUGGGCGGUCCGGCUACCGUUUGGAGUCUGGGCAUCCUCCUGUACUACAUGGUCUGCUGCGACCUCCCCUUUAAGAACAAUAAGGAAAUAUCUGAUGCGCCCGUACCGCUACACCACUACCUGUCUGGAGACUGCCAAGCUCUGAUCACGGGGUGCCUGGAAAAAAACCCGGACUAUCGGAUGACGUUGGAGAACAUCCUCAGCCAUGAUUGGUUUUAGGAGAAACUUCAGGACGAUGUCCAUGUUAGACAGCGACAGCACUGUGGAGAACACACGUCUCAUUCAUUACCAUCUACUGCAAGAGAGGACGAGAGCAUGAGGCUCUUUCCUUCUUAUUUAUAAUGAACUGAAUGAUCAUGUGUUUGUUUAACAGAACUGUUUAUAUUUCACUUUAUAUUUAUUGAUCAUACAUUUGUUUACCUUGCGUAUUUAUCUUUGUGUGAAUUGUGUAUUUGCAGUCGUAUUUGCACUUGUGCGAACUUCUUAACUUGUUUAAGUGUUAAGUUUUUUUUGGGGAAAAAAAAAUUGUUUUGCACUCUUCCUGGCAGAAACACCCAGUGUUGUAUCAUGAACAACAGGAUGAUGAAUAAUGUAUAUUAAUAAAAGUCAUUAUCAAAAUCUCUCUAACAGCUGUCUUUAACACCAGCCAUGUUAAACUUGUGAUGUGUUCAAUCAGUGUGGCAUUUUACACCGGAUGUGUGUAGCACAAACAUUACGAGAUCACACACAUGUUUGGAAUAAUCUGGAGGUCAAAACAUGACCUAUCUUAAUAAUCAAGGGAAGAAUGUAGACUGGGAAAUAUAGAUCAUUAAUUACUCAGGCCUACUAUUGACUAUGCAGAGAUUUCUACUCAGUGUUCUGUGUUCAUAUCAUUUUAGAAAUUGUUCUUUUUUUUAUUUGAUAAAUCUUGCUCAG